UUGUGUCAAUUUGGGAAACCCUGAGUAUAUAAACCCCUAGAUAAUUCGUCUUGGUUUAUUUUCUAGAUUUCCUAUUUUUGUUUCUUCUUCAUCAACCUUUCUAGAAUCUUCAUCAUGCCUGACCGGUUGUCUAGAAUCGCGGUGCUCAAUCCCGACCGCUGCAAACCUAACAAGUGCCGGCAAGAAUGCAAAAAGUCUUGCCCUGUUGUUAAAACUGGUAAACUUUGUAUUGAAGUUACUAGUAGUUCUAAGUUAGCAUCAAUUUCUGAAGAAUUAUGCAUUGGGUGUGGUAUUUGUGUCAAGAAAUGCCCAUUUGAAGCAAUUGAUAUUAUCAACUUGCCAAGAGAUUUGGAUAAAGAGACAACGCAUCGCUAUGGCCCCAAUACAUUCAAAUUGCACAGGUUACCAGUUCCAAGGCCUGGACAAGUUCUUGGUUUAGUGGGAACAAAUGGAAUUGGAAAGUCUACUGCGCUUAAAGUGUUGAGUGGGAAAUUGAUACCUAAUUUGGGCAAAUUUGAUAACCCACCUAGCUGGCAGCAAAUAUUGGAAUACUUCAGAGGAAAUGAGCUUCAGAACUAUUUCACUCGAAUGCGUAACGAAAAGUUAAAGGCAAAAUCCAAGCGCCAAUAUUUGGAUGACAUCCCAAGAAUGGUUAAAGGGAAUGUGGGGCAAGUGCUGGAGCAAAAUGAUGAGAGAAAUGUCAAAGAGGAACUCUGUCUUGAUCUUGAGUUGAACCAGGUUACAGAUCGAAAUGUUGGUGAUUUAUCCGGUGGUGAGCUGCAGAGAUUCGCUAUCGCUGCGGUUGCCAUGCAGAGCGCAGAUAUUUACAUGUUUGACGAGCCAUCCAGUUUUCUUGAUGUGAAGCAGAGGCUUAAAGCUGCUCAAGUAAUCCGAACGUUGCUCAGGCCAAAUAGUUAUGUCAUUGUUGUGGAGCAUGACCUUAGUGUUUUGGAUUACUUAUCGGACUUCAUUUGCUGCUUAUAUGGGAAACCUGGAGCAUAUGGAGUUGUGACCCUUCCCUUUUCUGUCAGAGAGGGAAUUAAUAUUUUCUUGGCUGGCUUUGUCCCUACUGAGAAUCUACGAUUCCGUGAUGAAUCACUUACUUUUAAGGUUGCGGAGACUCCGGAGGAAAGUGCAGAAGAAAUUCAGUCGUAUGCACGAUACAAAUACCCUACAAUGAGUAAAACUCAAGGAAAUUUUAAGCUUCAAAUCAUGGAGGGAGAAUUCACUGAUUCUCAAAUUGUUGUUAUGCUGGGUGAAAAUGGGACAGGGAAGACAACAUUUAUCCGCAUGCUGGCUGGUUUAUUGAAACCCGACGAGGUGGAUGAUUCAGAUGUAGAAAUACCUGAAUUUAAUGUGUCAUACAAACCCCAGGAGAUCAGUCCUAAAUCUCUAUCUUCUGUUAGAGAGUUUCUGCACAAAAGAAUCCGUGAGGCGUGCAUGCAUCCUCAGUUUGUGUCAGAUGUCAUGAAACCACUCCAAAUUGAGCAGUUAAUGGAUCAGCAAGUCAAGAAUCUCUCAGGUGGAGAGCGGCAAAGAAUUGCAUUAUGUCUUUGCCUUGGAAAGCCUGCGGAUAUAUAUCUGAUAGACGAGCCGAGUGCUUAUCUUGAUUCAGAGCAGCGUAUCGUUGCCUCAAAAGUCAUUAAGAGGUUUAUCCUCCAUGCAAAGAAGACUGCUUUUGUCGUUGAGCAUGAUUUCAUAAUGGCGACUUAUCUUGCUGAUAGGGUGAUUGUGUUUGAGGGAAGACCCUCUAUCGAUUCUACUGCAAAUGCUCCCCAGUCUUUGUUGACAGGGAUGAACCUUUUCCUAUCUCAAUUGGAUAUUACCUUUAGACGCGACCCUGCAAAUUUCAGGCCGCGGAUUAACAAGUUGGAAUCCACGAAAGACAAGGAGCAAAAAGCUGCUGGGACGUUUUAUUACCUCAACUAAGGCAUACCAGUGGUCAAGUUUCAUCAAUUGGAUAUUGUGGACGGGGUCCAACCAAUAUCGGGCCAUGGAUUAAGGAGUCCACGAGAGACGAGGACAUGCUGGAAUCCACGAAAGACGGUGACAAGUUGGAAUCCAUGGGAGACGGGGAACAAAGAGCUGCAGGGCCCUAUUGUUAGCUCGAUGACUAAGCCUGCAAUACCACCCAGGCCAAGCUUUCUUGUAGGUGCUUUUAUCGGUGGUAUAAAAGAACGACAAAGCCUCGGAGUCGUUACGUAUCUGCUGAGCACGAGGUUUCUGGCCUAGGUGCGCUGGCCAGUUGUUGGGGAGGUCAUAUCUGUUGGAAGCAUAGCAUACAAUAGUUUGAUAAGCCACGUGUUUGCUUUUUGUUUGCUUUUUACUUGCUCCCUCUGAGAGGAAAUUUAUUUAUUGAGACAGUAUUUGAUGUUUUCUUAAGAAUGAAUAUGUUGCUGGGUGCACCAACACUGACAAAUUAAGUAAGGCUAGCUUGGAUUGAUAAUUA